UCAAGCGGUAAAAAUGGCAAAAAAUCAGCUGGUGCGGAGUAUCACAGCCAGGCACUCCUUGCUGUUUCUUUGGCUGUUUCUGGGCCUGAGUUAUGGCUUAGGCGAUGUCUACUUACCGGCUGGAAGUGAUGUGGCACCUGGACGUCAUUUGGCCACGGAGUACUUUACCUAUGAUGCUCCUCAGGAGGAGGAUCAGGCUGCUCCCUGGCAAUCAGCCAGGCAACUGGCCCAGGUUCUCUCCCCGCCGCAACAGGUGGUCUUCAUUCGCACACCGGAAACCAAUCUCUUCUCGCUGACGGCCAAACAACUGGCAGUCAAUAAUCCACUGGACAUCUUCGUGCUUCACCGCCAGGCGGAUGCAGAUGCUCUGGCCCAACAGCAGGCGGCCAUUCAGCAGCAGGCCACCGAGAAACCCUCGGUGCACUUUGUCAAGUACAGAACUCCGGCGGAUGUCACCAGAGCUCUGAGUGCUCUGCGGAGCGACUACGACCGGCUGCCGGGAAACAGUAUUAACCAUGCCGUUGAAAAGGCGCAUGUUCUGCAACUGAACCCACAGCCCACAACUGAAACACCCGUGAUCUUUAAGAUCCGGACGAAAGACAGCGCCGACUAUGAAGUCCACGAACAGGCCACCGAACUGGAGACUGCCAAAUUGCAGGCGUUAUUCCGGGACUAUCUGCCACCGGGAAAAAGACGUUAGUUAAAUAAGGGCUUAGUUGUGCCAAGUGCCAAAGAUUGUUUACAAGUAAAUUAAAUUAAAUGCUAAUUAGUGAAAAUUAUUGAACUAUUUCUGUAUAAUUUUUAUGAGUGGAAACUUUUGACUUACUAA